AUGCUGUCUCACGCCGACCUCCUGGACGCCCGUCUCGGGAUGAAAGACGCGGCCGAGCUGCUGGGACACCGGGAGGCGGUCAAGUGUCGGCUGGGCGUCGGGGGCUCGGAUCCGGGGGGACACCCGGGAGACAUGGCUCCCAACUCGGACACGGUAGAAGGGACCACCCUGCUGCCGGGAGAGGACAUCACCACGGUGGGAUCCAACCCCAGCUCCCUAGCCGUCAGCGCCAAAGACCCUGACAAGCAGCAAGGCCAGCAGGGCGGCCAGAACUCCAGCCAGGCCGGGCAGCAGCAGGGUCAGCAGAAGCAGAAGCGGCACCGCACUCGCUUCACGCCGGCGCAGCUCAACGAGCUGGAGAGGAGCUUCGCCAAGACUCACUACCCGGACAUCUUCAUGCGGGAGGAGCUGGCCCUGCGCAUCGGUCUCACCGAGUCCCGGGUGCAGGUCUGGUUCCAGAACCGCCGCGCCAAGUGGAAGAAGCGCAAGAAGACCACGAACGUGUUCCGCGCCCCGGGCACGCUGCUGCCGACGCCGGGGCUGCCGCAGUUCCCCUCGGCCGCCGCCGCCGCCGCCGCCGCCAUGGGGGACAGCCUGUGCUCCUUCCACGCCAACGACACGCGCUGGGCCGCCGCCGCCAUGCCCGGCGUGUCGCAGCUGCCGCUGCCGCCGGCGCUGGGACGGCAGCAAGCCAUGGCGCAGUCCCUGUCCCAGUGCAGCCUGGCGGCCGGCCCGCCGCCCAACUCCAUGGGCCUCUCCAACAGCCUGGCGGGCUCCAACGGCGCCGGGCUGCAGUCCCACCUCUACCAGCCCGCCUUCCCCGGCAUGGUGCCCGCCUCCCUGCCCGGCCCCAGCAACGUGACGGGCUCUCCCCAGCUCUGCAGCUCCCCGGACAGCAGCGACGUGUGGCGGGGAACCAGCAUCGCCUCCCUCCGCCGCAAAGCACUAGAGCACACAGUCUCCAUGAGUUUCACCUAA